AUGCGGAUGAACAACUCGCAGCAGAAAACCAGCAAAACCGCUGCAGACGGCGCCGAGGGGGUGAAGCCGCCAUCCCAGGGCGCCGCAGGUGCCGAAUUCCCGCUCGCUCUGCCGGCGUCUGGGUGCCGCGUCUCGUUUCGGUGCGGGAGUGGGGCGCGGAGGGAGGGAGCCCUGCGUGUAGUUCAGGGGCCGGAGUGCCGCCCGCCGCCGAACCGCUGCACGGAUAGCUGUGGGGAAGCAGCGCUCCGCGGUCUGCCUUCGGAGUGCGAAAAUGAGCAUACAGGAGUCAGCGUUGUGCCUCCUUACAGCGACCUUCUGGGCUCUACCUGCCUGAACAACAACCGUUCUGCUUUACGGGUGUGUUUGGUUACUGUCGUGUUGGCGGAUCUUAGUGGCUCCAUAACAGCUCCAGAUGUUAAGCUAAAUCUUGGAGGAGAAUUCAUCAAAGAAUCUACUGCAACUACAUUCCUAAGGGAAGAACUCGACAUUGAUCUGAAGGAUAUUUACUACAAAAUUCGAUGUGUGUUGAUGCCUAUGCCAUCUCUUGGGUUUAAUAGACAGGUAGUGAGAGACAAUCCAGACUUUUGGGGUCCUCUGGCAGUUGUCCUCUUCUUCUCAAUGAUUUCAUUAUAUGGACAAUUUAAGGUUGUUUCUUGGAUUAUAACUAUUUGGAUAUUUGGAUCCUUGACAAUAUUUUUACUGGCCAGGGUUCUUGGAGGAGAAGUUGCUUAUGGCCAAGUUCUUGGUGUGAUAGGAUAUUCCCUACUGCCCCUCAUUGUCAUAGCACCUGUACUUUUGGUGGUUGGAUCAUUUGAUGUUGUUUCUACCCUAAUAAAAUUGUUUGGAGUCUUUUGGGCUGCAUACAGUGCUGCAUCAUUACUAGUGGGAGAAGAAUUCAAGACCAAGAAACCCCUACUAAUUUAUCCAAUCUUUUUAUUAUACAUUUAUUUUCUGUCCUUGUACACUGGGGUGUGAUCUAGUGCAAGAUGUGGCCAGAAACUGUAUUUUAGUCACUUGCAGACUGAUAACGCGUAAGAUUAAGGAGGCUGGCGAUAAUAUAAGUGACUGUUUUGUAUCCGGUUGUCAAGAUGUUUUAAGAUCGAAGAGCAUAUUUGUGUAUAUUAUUUAAUGAAGCAAUUGUAGCUAUAUAGAUUUGUAUCAAAGUUCUAGGUUUGUUUAGGACUCUUCAGAUUUUAAUGAACAAAAUAAAAGAACCUUGAGUUUUAUAAGAAAGUGUAGCAAAAACACAACUCGAUACCUGUGCCAAAAGCACUAGGACCAGAUUACUAUAUUCGAGGAGAAAAAAUGAGAAGUUAACUGUAACAAUCUCAAAGUGCAAUUUUUCUUUUGAGCUUAAACACAGCUGGCUGCUUUUGGCACAGCAAAUUCUGUAGAUAAUAUAUAUUUAUGAAACAGUCCUGAUUGUUCACAGAAUAGUCUGUAUAAUGAAGACAUGAAGAUACUACUUUUAAUUUAGUGCCUCAGUUACUUUGAUUUGGCUAUUGAGUUUUUAUAAAUUCCCAUUUGUUUUCAAAACAUGUAUAUACUGUGCAUUUUGUAUCUAUGGCUUGUGUGUAGCGUGAAUACUCCUUGGUUAAGGAUGUAUAUUGGGUUUUUAAAAAUUGAAGAUACGAAUAUUUGAAGUCUUCAUUUACUAUCUCUGACCAAAGGAGCAAGACACUUACCGUGUGACAUAAUUAAUUAAAAUGCAUAUUUAGAGAAUCAAGUUAUUUUACUUAAAAGUAUAAAUUUACAGAGAAACGGGUGAACACCUUUCUCAACUGUAGUGCUGGCUUAACGUUGGAGAAAAAAGAUGAUCUAUCAAAUUUGUGUGAUCUUUAAACAAUGUUAUUUUAUGAUGACAAAAUAAAAAUAAUGCUUCCCUAA